GGAUUUUUACUUGGUAAGUUCUAUGUUGUUAUUUCUUUCAUGCUUUUAAAAUACUUUAUUGAGUACUCUCAGUUGUAUUCAGCAGGAAAAUCAGUCUAAAUAGCCAACCAUAUUACCAAAAAUAAACAAUAUCUGACUCUCGAACAUAGCAAAUGUUAUCUAUAAUAAUGGAAAACUGAAACCACUGAUUAGCGUGGGAUAGCUAUUCCUUGGCAGAUGCUUUGUGAUACCUUUCACAAUGUUGGUGUAAUAUAUCCUAGGACCCCUUUCUUUUUUAAAAGAAAAAAGAAUAUGUAAAUUAAUUUACUGCUUAAUCUAGAAUGUAAAAGUUGCCUAUCAUUACUGACCUAGACAAAUAGAAAAUGUAAUGAGUCUGAAUAAUAUUUAAAAUAAGUUGUAACACAUACUUAUGCCUCUAAAAAAUAUUUUUUUUGAGUAACAGUAAUAUAGUAUUAUUUUAUUUCAUGAGAAUUUCUUUUCCUUUUUCUUUAUUUUUUUUUUUAUUAAAGUUUUAGGGUAAAAGUGCACAACGUGCAGGUUAGUUACAUAUGUAUACAUGUGCCAUGUUGGUGUGCUGCACCCAGUGUAAGAGAUUGUUACAAUUCAAAUAUAUUGAAAUGAUCUCCCUUUUUCUUUUUGAGAAUUUUACAAUAAUCUUUGAAUAAUAUGAAGCAAUUUGGUAUGUCCCAAACUUGAAAUGAGAAACACUGCCACUACUAUUGCACUGGAAUUUUUGAUUAUAUACAACAGAAACUAAACUUGAUACAGCCUAAACCCAAAUUCAUUUGAAUCCAUUAAUGAAGUAACAUGUCCUUUCUUUCAAACAAAAGUACUGUUAAGUGUAAUGAAAAUGCAUAACUCUACUACACUGACUUAAUGAGGUUUCCUAAAAUUAAGAGAUUUAAGUGGUCGGUAAAUUGACCCUCAGUCACAUCUUUAGAAGUGCAGCAGUGUAUAUAUGAGCUUAAAUAGAACUCUAAAUGUCAAUGCAUUCUCUAUUUCCACAAUAUUGCUGAAUGUAGUAUUUUUAACACAUUACUUUUAAGCACUAUGAUUGAUGGCUGGUUUCCUAAAUCCACAGUAAGAAUCUAAUUGAGAGUUCAACUGAACCCUCAAAGUAUAGUGGCCAUAAAGCACCCAAUCAACAAUAAAUUUCUAUGUUGCAGACUCUUAAAAUGCAGAUACUUUUCGAGGAAUAUUAGUUUUAUACAAAAGGUGGCUCCUAGAGUAUAGUUUCUCUUGUAAGAAAAUAAACUUCAAAUUUUAAUACAACAAAUUCUAUUUGUGGUAUAAUCUAAAUAAUGCUAAUAUAAUUUAGAGAAAAAACAAAGGAUUUAGUAACAAGGCAUAAAGAGAUUUUCCUUACACAUAACAUGCUAAAUAUUACUCGUUUUUAAAUGGUGCCACUUGGUAACAAAAAUACCAUAACUUUAUUUGCUUUCUUUAAACUUGCCAUUCUGGAAAUCAGAUUUGUGUUUUAACAGAUUUACACAAGCAGUCCACUGAAGAGUGGAGCAAAUUUUAUCAUAAAUCUGAUCUCACUUUAUAAAACUCAUGAUGAAAAAUUUUGCUUUUAUAUUAUUUCAUGUAAUUUUAAAACUAUAAACUACUUUCCCAGAAAGAUGAAAUGUGCAACACUCUGAAAUCACCUAAAUUGAUACUGCCAUUCUUAAAACAUAAAAUCAAAUAAAUGGUCAUUCAUAUAGCACCAAAAAUGUCUUUGGAAAAAACAAUACUCAUAGCCACUUACCACCCAAGGUUGCAUAAAGAAAAAAAACUUUAACUCCAAAUACAUACAAUAAAACAUGUUUAUUUUACAUAGGAACUGAUAAUCUAAAGUAUAAGAAGCUAAUUUCCAAAUGUAUCCUGGCUUGUGUGUAGCCGUGGUCAAAUGAUCCAUUGUAUCAGAAAGAUAAAGAAAAAAUAAUCGUAUUUCAGUACUUCUAUACAUCCUAAAAGGGAAGACGGAACACUUAAGUGGUUGAUAAAUUUGAAAAGCUGAUUAAACAUAAUAAUCACCAUGUUGGGGGAAGACAUAAAAGUCAUAAAACAGAUUUUUUAUAAUAUUAAAAAAGUGAUAUGAAAAUUAUACAAUUUUAGAAAGGAAUAUAAAAAGGCAGGAGUUAAAAAUAGUGGGACUAAUAUCAUAGAAAACUAUCCAUGAGGAAGGUCAAAUUUAUUUUCAACAUGUAAAAAGGAUAAAGAGUAGAGGUAUUUUAAAAAAUCACAGAUUCUUAAUGAGGCAAAUGUUAAAAUAUGGAACCCAAUCUCAGACAAAUACAUAGAAAGGAGUAAGGGCCAACUCUCAUGCAUAAGGUAUCCCACCCUAUAGCAAAUCAGAUAUAUAGGUACGCUUGAUGCCGUAAAUUUUUUUAAAAAUUGUCCAUUUUGUUGCGUGUGCACCUCUUGCCAUAAAUUUGAGUCAGCACCAGCGACAGCUCUGCAGUCCUCCUAUGUGGUACUGAUCAGGUGGUUGCAGAGCUUCAGCUCACAGCAACACAAUGCAGCUGAGCAGCCAAGCACAGCCCACAGCCAGAAACAGUUCCGACUCUACAGAACAAGACGACCUUUAAGCUUUAAGUUUCCCGGAGAAAAUGAGAUGCUGAUGUUGAAGACGACACCACGGCUUUCAUGGAAUAUCAGAUAUUGAAAAUGUCUCUCUGCCUGUUCAUCCUUCUGUUUCUCACACCUGGUAUUUUAUGCAUUUGUCCUCUCCAAUGUAUAUGCACAGAGAGGCACAGGCAUGUGGACUGUUCAGGCAGAAACUUGACUACAUUACCAUCUGGACUGCAAGAGAAUAUUAUACAUUUAAACCUGUCUUAUAACCACUUUACUGAUCUGCAUAACCAGUUAACCCAAUAUACCAAUCUGAGGACCCUGGACAUUUCAAAUAACAGGCUUGAAAGCCUGCCUGCUCAGUUACCUCGGUCUCUGUGGAACAUGUCUGCUGCUAACAACAACAUUAAACUUCUUGACAAAUCUGAUACAGCUUAUCAGUGGAAUCUUAAGUAUCUGGAUGUUUCCAAGAACAUGCUGGAAAAGGUUGUCCUCAUUAAAAAUACACUAAGAAGUCUCGAGGUUCUCAACCUCAGUAGUAACAAGCUUUGGACAGUUCCAACCAACAUGCCCUCCAAACUACAUAUCGUGGACCUGUCUAAUAAUUCUUUGACACAAAUUCUUCCAGGUACAUUAAUAAACCUGACAAAUCUCACACAUCUUUACCUGCACAACAAUAAGUUCACAUUCAUUCCAGACCAAUCUUUUGACCAACUCUUUCAGUUGCAAGAGAUAACCCUUUACAAUAACAGGUGGUCAUGUGAACACAAACAAAACAUUACUUACUUACUGAAGUGGAUGAUGGAAACAAAAGCCCAUGUGAUAGGGACUCCAUGUUCUACCCAAAUAUCAUCUUUAAAGGAACAUAACAUAUAUCCCACACCUUCUGGAUUUACCUCAAGCUUAUUCACUGUAAGUGGGAUGCAGACAGUGGACACCAUUAACUCUCUGAGUGUGGUAACUCAACCCAAAGUGACCAAAAUACCCAAACAAUAUCGAACAAAGGAAACAACGUUUGGUGCCACUCUAAGCAAAGACACCACCUUUACUAGCACUGAUAAGGCUUUUGUGCCCUAUCCAGAAGAUACAUCCACAGAGACUAUCAAUUCACAUGAAGCAGCAGCUGCAACUCUAACUAUUCAUCUCCAAGAUGGAAUGGUUACAAACACAAGCCUCACUAGCUCAACAAAAUCAUCCCCAACACCCAUGACCCUAAGUAUCACUAGUGGCAUGCCAAAUAAUUUCUCUGAAAUGCCUCAACAAAGCACAACCCUUAACUUAUGGAGGGAAGAGACAACCACAAAUGUAAAGACUCCAUUACCUUCUGUGGCAAAUGCUUGGAAAGUAAAUGCUUCAUUUCUCUUAAUGCUCAAUGUUGUGGUCAUGCUGGCUGUCUGAGGGUCUGCAUUUUCUGAAACUAAUGAAAGCACUCCUCCCUGGUGUACAGUUGGGAAAAUAUGUCCAUAUCUAACCAGCGAUUCGAGCUAUAUUUAAGUAUUCAAGAAAGCCAGUCUUAACAUUUCUGACUCUGAUGUAAAUGAAGUAACUUGUCUUAAAUAAAAGAAAUGCACAAUGUCUUGGUACUACUUGCUGCUAUUUUACUGUCUUAAUUAAGUAAACUAAUGAGUUUCUUUUAUAAAAAAAUGAAAUGUUUUCUUUUUAAGGCUUCAAUUUAUUGCACAAAAUAUAAAGCAUCUAAACUUUAAUAUGUAUUUUAUGUAUGUUUACACUGUCAAACAUCUGGAAAAUAAAAGGUCUAUGCUCAUAACUGUGUCAUUUGGCUUUCCAGUCAUACCAACUUUAGCAGAAUCAAAAUGACCUCACUAUUUUUGUUCUAGGGUACCUUG